AUGGGAGAGAUUAAAUCUGGAUAUAGGAGCAGCCUGCACUAUUUCACAUGUGACAUUGUUGAUAUGGUACGCGAAGCCCUGUCCCUGUGCACCAAGGGUGAUAACGCCUCUUUCCUCACUAGAUCUAUCGUUGAGGUGAGACUGCGAAUGUUCAAAUUGGGAGAUGAUGAUGCGGAGGCGCAGAGAUCACAAGGCUGUGAUGAUGAUGCUGAUGAUGAACAUGUGGCGGGAUUAGAGAAAGACGUGGAAUUGUUGCUUCGUAGAGUGGUUUUUAAUGAGGAACAAGGCCUUCAGACUUCUAGCGUCACAGGCAUGGUUGGUAUUGGGAAGACGACUCUUGCUAGACAAGUGUACAACAAUCCUGACGUUAGUCUCAAACAGAUGCUUCACCAACACUUGCAUGGAAAACGAUAUUUCAUAGUUCUCGACAUCUUGCGCCAAGAAAUGUGCUUGCAAUAUUUAUUGGCAUGUCUCCCGGAUGAAGAUAAUGAGAGUAGAUUGCUACUCACGAGCCAAACUUGUUACGGAGAAGGCAUCAUUUAUUACAAUUAUGAGGUGAUUCCUUUGGAUGCUGUUAGUAGCUGGCAAUUGUUUCUGAAAACAAUAUCCAGUGGCAACGAGAACAAGUUCCCAAAGCAGUUGGAGGAAAAGGGAAGAGAGAUACUGAACACACAAUGUUGUGGUCUACCAUUAGCUAUAGAAGAUGUUGGUAGGCAGCUAAGCGUCGGGGAGUGA